AUGAAAGAAGUGCAACUCGCCCAGAACACACCCUCGACCGUGCUUGAUACCGGAUCGGAAGAGACAAUAAUAGACGAGACACCGUCUGAUCCAGACAGAACACACCAACCACAAACUCGACCGCGGGUGAUUAUCAUCAACGAGACCAAACGCGAAUCGGAACCGAGACCAGUUUUACGCUCGUCCAGCGAUGUGGACAGUACAUACGGAGAUGAUUCGCCAGUCCUAAAACGCGACCCACACAAACCAAAAGGUACGCUGAUCAACCGACCGCCGACUGGAUAUGGAAUGGGAAGUGAUCUAGUAGGUGAUGUGGAAUUGUCUUCCGACGUGAGCUCGGUAAGCUCUAUUGGUCUGAUUGUCACUAAAGCACGUGUGAUGUGA